AUGACAACAUUAACAACAAAUUUAACAUCGACAACACAUCCAAGAAAACCAAGAAACCUUCUUUGCAUUUCCAUGGCUUCACUUCUGUCUUUUUCUCUUCUUUCUCUCUUUCUUUUCCUCUCCCUCUCCCUCUCCUCCUCCACCACCACCACUUUAAGGAUAAACCAACACCACCCCACGAAACAAAAACAAAAACCGAGAUCAAAACCACCUCCCUCAUUUCCUGCAUCAACCCCACCUGAGAUUAUCCAAGCUUGUAAAGCCACUAGAUUUCAAGACGCUUGUGUCUCUUCUUUGUCCAAUUCUCAUGUUCCUCAAAAUCCAACCCCACUUCAAAUCAUCCAAUCAGCAAUCUCUGUUUCCGACACUAACCUUAAAACGGCCCAAUCAAUGGUCAAGUCUAUCCUAGAUACUUCCACGGGGAGCAUUAACCGCACAACAGCCGCAAAAAACUGCAUGGAAGCGUUAAACAAUUCACAGUACCGUAUAACAAGAUCAACGGGUGAUGCUUUGCCACGUGGAAGGAUCAAGGACGCUAGGGCUUGGAUGAGUGCUGCCUUGUUGUACCAAUAUGAUUGUUCCAACGCAUUGAAGUAUGCUAAUGAUACGUCUCUCACUAACCAGACGAUGUCGUUUUUGGACACCCUGAUGAGUUUCUCUAGUAAUGCAUUGAGCAUGAUCGUCUCUUAUGAUGCUUUAGGUAAUGACACCAAGUCGUGGGGCCCACCAAAAACGGAGCGUGAGGGGGUUUGGGAAAUCCGGUCAGCACCCGGGUCUGGUGGGGGUUUCGGUUCAGGGUUUAGAGGUGGGUUUCCGCCUACGUCAGCGGCCGAUGCGACGGUGUGUAAAGACGGGCGUAACAAUGGUUGUUAUAAAACAGUGCAAGAGGCGGUUAAUACGGCACCGGAUAAUAAGUGGGAACGUAGGUAUGUGAUACACAUAAAGGAGGGAGUUUACGAGGAGAUUGUCAGAGUGCCGUUAGAGAAAAAAAUGUAG